AUUGAUGUUACGCCAGUUGUCGCGUCGAUUCCAGCGCGUAAUCAUGAACUACCCGCAUCAUAGAAUCAAGUUGAAAGUUUAACGUGCGAGAAAACGACAUCGUUUUUAAUUUUAUUCACGAACCAAGUAAAAUUUUAUCCAUUAAAACACCUAACCGUAGAAGUUUAAUUUGUUAAUUUGCCCCGUAGAUAUAUUGAUAUGGAACAAACAAAUACUUGUGUUGUUGUUGUUGCUGCUGCUAUUGUCAUUGUAAACUCUCAUGCCGAGUGAAAACAUUGAUUUGCUUCUCAGUAAGAAAAUGGUCAAGUGGAAAGUUACGUAGAAUAGCAAUAUUUAUAAAAUCAUCGUAACGUUUUUGUAUAAGACAACAAACUGCGCUCAGAUCGUGCAUACAUAAUUAUCCACGACAAAUCGCUGACAAUAAUCCUAGAAAUUCGAAAGUAACGUACUGCUACUCUACUCUGCUCUACGUAAACAGUGACCUCGAGGAGAAGUGAGACGACAAUUAACAACACUGCUGUUGAAAAGUAUCUGAUAAUAUAGAACGUAUCGCAUAUAAGUUAUAAAAUUUGGAGAAGACGUAGGUAGGGGGCAACAAUCAUCGAGAAAACUCGGAUAAUGACGUGCGCCAGACUAUGGAGGGCGUUAUCGAGGCGCCGUCAGGACGACGAGCUGACGGCCAAGAGCGAGCUGGCCCGGGUACUGGGGAUAAUCGACCUGACGGCUCUGGGGGUCGGUUCGACCUUGGGUUUGGGCGUCUACGUACUCGCGGGCAGCGUCGCCAAGGAUACCGCUGGACCGGCCGUCUGCAUCUCCUUCCUCAUCGCCGCUAUCGCUUCUGCCUUCGCAGGCAUGUGCUACGCUGAAUUUUCCUCCCGAGUACCGAAAGCCGGCUCAGCCUACGUCUACAGCUACGUGACAGUAGGAGAAUUCAUCGCCUUCGUUAUCGGUUGGAAUCUCAUAUUGGAAUACGUCAUAGGUACUGCGAGUAUGGCCAGAGGCGUGAGCAGCUACAUCGACGUGCUCACAAACUACACGAUAGAACGAGCCCUGCACGAGGCGAUGCCAAUAAAAGUCUCCUUCCUCUCGCAGUAUCCGGACUUCUUCGCGCUCGGGAUGGUCAUACUCCUGACGCUCUUCCUCAGCAUCGGCGUCAAAGAGUCGUCCAUGCUGAAUAACGUCUUCACGACGAUUAACUUGAUAACCAUUAGCAUCAUUGUGGUUUCUGGAAUCAUCAAAGCGGAUCCGAGCAACUGGUCGAUAGACGUGCUGGACAUUCCGAUGAACGUGACGAAUCCGGGGACUGGAGGCUUCAUGCCCUUCGGCAUCAAGGGUGUGAUGGAAGGCGCGGCCAUCUGCUUCUACGGCUUCGUCGGUUUCGACGCCGUCGCCACGACCGGCGAGGAGGCCAAGAAUCCUCAACGGAACAUCCCCCUUGCCAUCGUCCUCUCGCUCGCCAUCAUCUUCCUGGCGUACUUCAGCAUCUCCACCGUGCUCACCAUGAUGUGGCCGUACUACGAUCAGGACGCGCAAGCUCCAUUCCCAUACGUCUACGACCAGAUCGGCUGGCCAACCGUCAAGUGGAUCGUUAACAUAGGCGCAGUUUUCGCGCUCUGCACCAGUCUGCUGGGGGCCAUGUUCCCACUGCCGCGUGUCCUCUACGCCAUGGCCAGUGACGGAGUCAUCUUCAAGUUCCUGGCCACCGUUCAUCCCAAGACCAUGACCCCGCUGUUGGGCACCGCGCUAUCCGGACUACUCACUGGAAUCAUGACUCUGCUCUUUGAUCUGCAACAACUCAUCAAUAUGAUGUCCAUUGGGACACUUCUUGCCUACACCAUAGUAGCCGUAUCAGUUUUGAUAUUGAGGUAUCAGAAGGAAGAGCUCUCUACGCAGUUGUCCAAUCCCAAGACCACAGGUCCAAUGUACUCGACGCCCGCCAACUACUUCAAACAAAUUUUCAAUCUCUACAACCAGAAGGAGCCUACUCACUUUUCAACUUUAACGGCCAAAUACGCUGUCUUGUUAUUCGGCAUCAUCGUCUUUAUUAUUGGCAUCUUGGUCAAUAACUGCAAUGUACUCGAGGGCAAGCUGCCAUCCGUCAUAUUUGCGAUAUUGGCUUUGCUCGCUCUUCUCACUGCCACCGCGAUAGGUAGACAGCCCGUUCAGCAGAUCGAAUUGUCUUUUAAGGUACCGCUGGUGCCAUUCAUACCAUGUCUUAGCAUCAUGAUCAACCUCUACCUGAUGCUGCAACUUGAUAUGAAUACCUGGAUACGAUUCGCUGCCUGGAUGGUAAUAGGUUUCUGUAUUUACUUCUUUUACGGAGUACGACACAGUGUACAGGGAGAGCGAGAACGAUUAGAGGCAGAAACGCUAGCGCGAAAGUAUGCCGAUCAGGUUCAAGUCGUCACCAAAUGCUAGUUCUACUCAUUCGCAAAUACGACCCGACGCAGCAAUUCCAUUUUACUGAAGAGCAGUAUUAUUACAAAUAAUAAAGCGCUCGUUGUUGCCACAACCAUGCGCGCGAGAAAACUCGCCGAUUUGAUUUCUCGGUUAAAAAAAAAAACGCAUGGAACAGCUUUCGAAGAGAAAAAUAUAAUAUAUAACAAUCGGUAAUUUUAUACAGUAUAUAUAAUGUAUUUUUGUUUUGUUAUUUUAUAUACAUAGAGAUAAUUAUGUUUAAGAAGAGAUAACGCUCGUUUCGACGAGGCAAAAAUUUCUGGAACUCGGACUUGCGAAUAUAUGAGACCGUAUAGCUAUGAUGAUUGUUGAAAUAUGUUUUAAACUCAACUCAUCAAGACAUGUACGUUUCGUAAGAAAUAUCCAUACUCUAGAAAAAUGUAUAAUGACAUAAAAAUGUAAGAAAUACGAUGUGAUUUUUUACAUUUUUUUCAAGUUAUGCAUGAUUGCACUUUGUUUAUGAAUCUUUUUACGAGACUAACAAUAUGAUCCUGUCUGCUAGAAUCAUCACCAAUUAUCAGCACCAGUUCCAAGUCAAACUGUCACAUUAUUUAUAGAGAAUGUUUAAACUAGUAUAAUGUUUACUUGGACGUGCAAGUGACAAACCGUUGUUCUAUUUGUUUUUACCUAUAAGGAAUAUUGUAGCAAGACUCUCGAUUAUGGGCUGUGCCUGAUCAUUAUUAUUUUAUACUCUAACACAUCGCGCAAACAAAAAAGCCUGCCAUGUAAAUACAAUGUUUUUUAUCAACGAUUUAAUAGAUUUUAAACACAUACUGCGAAACAUACGCGCACGUUUAAUCAGUUCAUAAAUUUUAGUACAGUAAACGCUAUAUCAUUCAUCUUCAUUAAAAACGUACUUAAAAGUGUUUUUAUUAUUUGUGUACUAUAACUUGUUAUUAUGCCAGCAAAAUAAAUAAGACAUUGUUGAGUGUUUAAAUAAACCAUGCAUAUAAUAUUGGUAA